AUGGAUGGGAAGCAAAUGAAGGGAGCUUUGGAGGGCCACACUCCCAAAACCAAAAAUGACAUGAGAUCCCCACCAGAUGCGGCUUUUAAAUUGAACCAGAGGCAGCCAAAUGAGUUUGACUUUGUGAGCAACAUUUCAGCUAGAGCAAUAGCGGCACUAAAUUCAGAAUCUAGCACCAGAUUCCAAAUACCUGACCCCAUCCUUCAAACCACUCUGGCUCCUGGGGAAAAGAACAACAGGAUUAUGUCUAAUAGCAAGGAUGAAGUUAUAAAUAACAAUCGCAGUCUAGACUCCGGUUCAGGUGACAAGUAUUCUCUCCGGCGUGAUUCCCACUUGGAGGCAGGUGCUAACGUUCUGCCUGAGAGGGCACAUAGAGACUCUAAAUGGGUUGUAGUGUCUGAAGUAAGUCAGUCGGGCCUGCACCUGCUACAAGUGGAGCCUCGCUCUCGCCGUCGGCGGAGCUGGCUUUGGAACCAGUUCUUCGUGAUCGAAGAGUACAGAGGACCUGAGCCUGUGCUCAUCGGACGGCUGCACACGGACAUGGACAGGGGCGAUGGCCUUACAAAGUAUACACUGGAGGGAGAAGGGGUGGGCUCCGUGUUUGUCAUCGACAGUAACACGGGAAACAUACAUGUGACCAAAUCGCUGGACCGAGAAGAGAAGGACCAGUACCGUUUGAUUGCAACGGCAACAGACCGUCAGACAGGCCACGCCCUGGAGCCUUCCUCCGAGUUCAUCAUCAGGGUGCAGGACAUUAACGACAACCCACCUGUCUUUCCCAACGAGUCCUAUACUGCCACUGUGCCGGAGAUGGCCAACAUAGGGACAUCAAUAAUCCAGGUAACAGCCAGAGAUGCAGAUGAUCCAACAUAUGGAAACAGUGCCAAGCUGGUGUAUACCAUUACCCAGGGACAGGAGUAUUUCUCUGUGGAUCCUGAGACAGGUGUCCUGAGGACAGCUGUACCUGACAUGGACAGAGAGACUCAGGAUGAAUAUCUGGUUGUCCUCCAAGCCAAAGACAUGGGGGGACAUCUGGGGGGACUGUCAGGGACAACCACAGUCACGGUGAAGCUGAGUGAUGUCAACGACAACCCCCCUCACUUCCGAAGGAGUGCAUGGUCAUUUUCUGUAUCGGAACUAGCAGCGCCAGGUGUGGAGGUGGGUCGCCUUACAGCCACCGAUCCCGAUCUUGACGAGAACGCUCUGCUGGAGUUCACCAUCCUGGACGCUGAGGAAGGGGAGUCAUUCAAUAUAACUGGGAGAGAUCGAGAGGCAGUCAUUGUGUUGAACAAGCUGCUGGAUUAUGAGACCCGCAGUUCGUACUCUUUCUCUGUGGAGGUUUCCAACCCUGUGGUGGAUGCGCGGUACCUAAGGAAUGGUCCCUUUAAGGACCAGGCGACUGUCCGGGUCAUGGUUCUAAAUGCUGAUGAACCCCCGCGAUUCUCGAGAGUUCGCUACCGUCUGGAUGUGUCUGAAAACUGCCCUCCCGUCUGCUCAGUUGGUCGUGUCUCUGCUCUGGACCCAGACACAGGACAAAGCACCAACAUCAGGUACUCCAUCGAUCCUCAGUCUGAUCCUGAGGCGCUGUUUCGGAUUGCCUCUGACACUGGCUUCAUCAGCACAGUGAUGGAGUUGGACCGGGAGCGAGAGCAGUGGCAUAAUAUCACUGUCAUUGCCACACAGAGGGGUAUGUCAGUCCUGCCGCCCCCCGGCAUUAUGGGCACCAUAGCUUUACCAGAGAGUCAUAAUUCACAGAUAGCGCUUGCCUGGGACAAUCCUAAUCUUGUGACAAGGGUUGUGGUUGCCAUAGAGACACUGGACCAGAAUGACAAUGCGCCAGAGCUGGACCGGCAGUACACAACGUCUGUAUGUGACUCCAGUGCCCCCGGUCAGGUGGUUCAGGUUCUGCGAGCCAUUGACAAGGACCAAGGAGGACAAGACACCCCAGUUCACUUCAGCAUCCCUCCAGAAUCCAGCUCCGCCCUAAACCUCACCAUCAGGGAAAGCGGAGGUGGUGUGACAGCCAGUCUGGUGCUCAAGUCAGCCUUGGAGCCCCUCCCUGGCUUUUCUCCCUCCUUACUCACCCUCUACGUUCCAGUCGUGUUGCGGGAUGGGGCCUCUGGUCUAACCAACACUGGCACAGUUACUGUCACCAUCUGUCCCUGCCUGAGAGGGGGCAUGCAGACUGAAGAUAGGGGAAGACAGCGGGACAGGAGAUGGGAAAGACACACAGUCUGCCUACCCCUCCCCUCUGCCUCACCAUCUCUCAUUAUCAGUAUGGUCACCUUACUCGCCUUGCUGGCCUGUGUCACCACUCUGCUCGUGGUAUGUGCACUCUCGCUGUCACUGCGCCAUCAGAAGCGAGACUCUGGCUCACCCUUUGAGGAGGAUGAUGUCCGGGAGAACAUCAUAUCCUAUGAUGAUGAGGGGGGAGGAGAGGCGGACACUGCAGCAUUUGACAUCACAGCGCUGCAGAGCAUGCACAGAGUACAGCACAUGCAGAACAACAGGAACAUAUGGUACACCCAGCAGAAUGUGCCAAGGGCCAGGACGUACAGCUGGAGUCGUAACCCUUGCUGUGGCCCGGACCCUCAGCGGCCAGGCUCAGCUCCCCUCUAUGGACGUCUUUGCUAUGGCAUCCACACACUGCCUGUUCUAAGAGAUUACCCAGAGGGGCCACUAGAGGCAGGUUUGCAACUAGCCCAGCUGACCUAUGGGGUCCCUGGCAAUCAUGUCAGUAAUUCUCUCAUUAUCCAGAACCACAGUAACUUUGAGCCACUGGAGCCCGGAGCAGCUCACAUGCGCCCUAUUGAAAUGGGCCUUGGCAGUGAUGAAGCAGAUGAGCACAGGCUGGCUAUAAGGAGACAAACAGACAGAAAUGCAGGCUGUGAGGAAAAUUCUGACACACAACAGGAUCCAGACCAAAUCAAGACUGAGUCCAUAGAUACAGAUUCACAAUUGACACAAACAAAGAAAGCUGCAACUCUGACCUUCUGUGACCCAAAUGAAUCCUCAUCCCAGAGUCAUACCAGCUCUUCAUCAAACCAGCAGGAGGGGCGACCAGGGUCAUCUCAGACACAGAUCAGCACUGAAGCAACCAGCUGUACUCUAGAUGAAAUUGAUGAUUCCUCUGUUCCCUCGGUCACCGAGAGAAAUGACUCAAACAGCAGCCAAAUCAAUAACAUUAACACCCCAAAAGGAGACACUUACAGCAUUGUAGGCUCACUGAAUCAGAAUAGCAGAGAGAUAUCCAUGAAUGGGACAAGUAGUGGUGACUUGAACAUGUACAGACUGGGAAGUAGAGAUUUGACUCCGCAGUCACUGAACUUACCUGGGGGAAUGGGUGGGUAUGAAAAAGGCUGGGGUUGUGGGCUGGAGUGUGGUCCUGAGAGGAUAGGGGUGACUAAUUCCCUGCCGGUUAGAAUGGAAGACUUCCUGAAUUUCCGUCUAGACCAGGUGACCUUCGACCUGUCGCAGCCACCCUAUGACUCACUGCAGACUUAUGAGUUUGAGGGGUGUGAUUCGAGGGCUGAGUCGCUGAGUUCACUGGAGAGCGAUGGGGAGAAGGAGGAGGGAGGGGCUGCCGGAGGAAUGGACGAGUUAAACCAGAAGUUUCAAAGGCUGGUGGAGAUCAUCAAGGAGAGGGAACAAGAGAAAGAACAGGAACAAAAGCUGGCUGACGGAGAGAUUCCAGUGGAGGGGGGAAGCCAGAAUGUGAAGGCUAUUGUCAAUGAGAUGUGUAAACAAGAAGCCGAGGAGGACAGAGAUAAAGAGAAGCAGAGAUGGGACUUCUAA